UGUAAUCGCUUAACAAAGUUAUAUAAACGUAUUUGUAAUAAGAGUCCUGUCCAUUUUACUCCCUCCUAGCCUCUUUGCUGUAGGUUGUAUUUUGUCGCAAUGUCGGCUAUCCGCAUAUCCCUUGAUAACCCCCCCGAAUUCUAUACAAAUCUAGACUAUAUUCGAGGCCGUGUUAUUCUCACCCUCCAUCGACUUGAGGUUCUUGGCAAUGUAAUUGUUAAGCUCGAGGGCGAGUCCCGCACCGCCUUAACUAUACCUCCAAACAACAGAGACGACUUCUAUCAUCCACGAACUCCUGGUGUCGGCAAUCCUGGUAACAUUGAAACUGAAAACCACAAGAUCCUGUAUCGUGUCUACCAGGCUUACCCGGAAGAUGGGGCCCCAGUACCGUUGCAGGCCGGCCAGCACGAGUUCAAUUUCAGCUUCAAGCUGCCGCUCAACAACAUAUGUCAUGAUUCUAAGGCCACGGGCUCCCUGCUUGGCAUGGGUGGCAUCUCAGGUCCUGCUGGGGCUUUGGGCAUGGCUGGCGGCAGGUUUCGCACUAUAGACGGUACAAGGCAGCUAAUGCUGAAGCAUGUCAAGACCACGUUGCCCCCCUCUCUCACCGGCUUCCCGCAAGAGGCGGAGAUAAGAUAUUAUAUCAAGGUCACGAUUCAGCGCCCAGGCUUCUUCAAAGAGAAUUGGCGGCAUCAGAUCGGCUUCAAAUUCUUCCCCAUUGAGCCCCCGCGGCCCGUCGGGACAAACCAAGAAGCGUUUGCCCGCCGACCUUUCGCCUUCCGACCGUACGUACGCGCGCAUUACAACAGGAAGUCGUUGUUCAGCAGUAGGCUGUCGUCGUCGAUACCACAAGGGCAUGCUGACGAAGCUGCGCCAUCGGUUGAAAUGUCGGCACGCAUACCGUUCCCGAGUAUCUUAACGUGUAAUGGGCCCUUACCGCUGCGGCUGAUCGCUCGUAAACUAGUUCCGACCCGCGAGGUGGUCUAUCUAACGAGUCUCGAGAUCAGCUUAAUAGGGUAUACGCAGGUCCGGGUGCACGACCUGCAGCACACCGAGCGAACUACGUGGGUUCUACUGUCAGCGCCGCUCAAUACAUUUACUAUUGCCCUCGGGUCGCCGGACGAUCCGGUUGAUACUGAGUUCGAGGUUCCCUCAAACCUAUGGCGUGACCGACGCCUUCCUAACACAGUUGCUCCCUCCUUUCGCACAUGUAACCUAGCACGCCGGUACGAAAUUGAGGUUUUGCUUACUCUCAGCUGGCGUGAUUCGGCCUCGUUACUUGUAGGCAGUAAUAUUGGUUCUCCGAGGUGGACCAAGGGAAGCCAAAACGCUCUACCGCAGACGAUUCAGCUUCCUCUCAAACUGUCCCGCAUUGACGUCUUUUCAGGGAUUAAGCCUCCACAAGAGCUCCUUGAUUCGGUUAACAGUGGAAGAAGCCUCACCCCGCAGCCGCCUCCCCGACCUGUCAUGUCAUUGUCUCGAUCGGUCCCUUCGGUAUCAUUCACACCGCAACAGGAACUACUACAACCACAUCAGUACACGAGGCCGGCGCAGCCUAAUCUCGAUCCGCUAUACCCGCCACAGCUAGGUACAGAGAUGUCAACUCUGUAUAACGAAGCACCACCGAGCUAUGAUGAGGCAAUGGCCGAUCGCCUCGCCGGCCCUUCAGUGCGACCCGAGUACAGCGGCAUGACAGUGGAAAACUGGCCUAGCAGCAUAUUAUUGAAUAAGUCCUAGGGUUACGCGUAAACUUUAAAAGAAAACAUAAAUAACUUACUAUGGGUUUAUAUACUGAGGUUAGUGUUACAUUAAGUUUAUUGCGCUUACUGAAGUUAUUAAUAAAAUGAGUUAAUAUAGUUAUAGUAUAGUUAUCAAUAUAUAUUCAAGUACGCUACUACAGUUUUUGCUUUUUAAUUAUAGUUUUUAGUAACUAUAAAAUAAAAAUAAAAUUUUUAAUUGAAA